CACGAGAGCACGGAAAUUCUCCUUUUCAGAACGUGUCCGUGCCAGACACAGACCUUAUCGCAGGUGCCCUCUGGCCCCUGCACGACAUAGCCACCGGCUCGAGCCACCGAUGGACCAGCACGACCUAGACCUGGCAGACAGCAAAAUUGACAAAUGCUUCUCCGUGGUCGAGUUUAACCUCAACAACCACACCCCCCAGUUUGCGUCAAACUUUGCAAUGGAGUACUACAUCAGGAAGAUCCAGCGGUGCGGCCAGUACAGGGUCGCCCACCUGACGUCGUUUCUCUACGACACCGACCGGAUCAGACACAUCGUCGACCACAUGCCGCUCGUCUCCCCGACGCUGCACGACCGGCUCUCGGAAAACGUCCUCGUGUGGCAGUGCUUGUCGCUGGCCCAGGUGCACGACAUCGUGAACGAACUGCUGCUCUCCUUCAGCGGCUCUUCGGCGAGCGAGGGCUCGUUCAACCUCGUGGUCAUCGAAGACCUCGACGAGGCGUUCAACAUCGGCUCUUUCGAAAACUACAUUCUUGACGAUAGUCAGUAUCAUGCGAACUAUUCGCAAGCUCUCCCAAACAUACGACGUGACGUUUAUGUUAGCCCAGCGCAAGGCGAGAAUGAACUUCAACGUCAAGCACGUCGCCCGCAUGGUCCGCAGUAUGCUCGACACCCAGGUCCUCAUCAAUGGGCCCAGAGUUCUCGUCGACUGUGUCUACGACAACGUGUAAGGAGCGUAGCGUUGCAGCGUUGCAGCAUUGCAGCACAAGUAGAUAAGAGAGUGUACACCAUGUAUGUAAUAUAACCGAAAGCGGCAAGCCGCCAAAAUUCAUGUGCGCACGUGACACACAAAAGCUAUUAUGCGCCUGGCUUCCAGAUUAGGAACGGAGUGACUGCGAAAAGCAUGUAGCAGUAGAAGGACGCGCAAGACGCGGAACCCUCACACCUCAGGCAAAGAAGAGAGAAAUGAGCGGUGCGGUUGUCACCAGGCGAGCGGGGGA